AUGCCUCACCGAAGAAUGGAUGGUCCGCCAAGUAUUCGAGACACGGUCCAUGAGGCCCUCUCUGGUCACCGCAAUGAGCUCGUUUCUCUCUUCUCUAGGUAUGUUGCUAAGGGAAAGGGGAUAUUGCAACAUCAUCAGCUGAUUGAUGAGUUUGAGAAUGUUGUUGGAAAAGAUGGAGUCAUGCAGGAGCUCAAGGAGAGUCCUUUUAGCCAAAUUCUGAAGUCUGCACAGGAAGCUAUAGUUCUACCCCCAUUUGUGGCAAUAGCAAUUCGCCCAAGACCUGGUGUUUGGGAAUAUGUUCGUGUCAAUGUGUAUGAACUGAGUGUGGAACAAUUAAGUGUUCCAGAAUAUCUUCGCUUCAAAGAAGAACUUGUGGAUGGAGAGUACAAUGAAAAUUUUGUGCUGGAACUUGAUUUUGAGCCGUUCAAUGCAACAUUUCCAAGACCAACUCGGUCAUCUUCUAUUGGCAAUGGGGUUCAAUUUCUCAAUCGUCACCUAUCUUCAAUCAUGUUCCGUAAUAAAGAAAGUUUGGAGCCUUUGCUUCAUUUUCUUCGCACCCACAAACAUAAUGGUCUUGUGAUGAUGCUGAAUGAUCGGAUACAUACGAUAUCUGGACUUCAGUUUGCUUUGGCAAGGGCAGAGGAAUAUCUUUCUAAGCUCCCACCAGAUGAACCAUACUCUCAGUUUGAAUAUGUACUUCAAGGAAUGGGUUUUGAGAAAGGUUGGGGUGACACAGCACAACGGGUAUCAGAGAUGGUGCACUUACUCCUGGAAAUUCUUCAAGCUCCUGAUCCCUCGUCCUUGGAGACAUUCCUUGGGAGAAUUCCAAUGGUGUUUAAUGUUGUAAUUCUGUCUCCCCAUGGAUACUUCGGCCAAGCAAAUGUGUUAGGUUUGCCUGAUACUGGUGGACAGGUUGUUUAUAUACUCGAUCAAGUCCGCGCCUUGGAGAAUGAGAUGCUUCUUAGAAUACAGAAUCAAGGACUUGAUGUUAUACCAAAAAUUCUUGUCGUGACCCGACUCAUACCAGAUGCGAAAGGGACAACAUGCAAUCAGAGACUAGAGAGAAUCAGCGGAACAGAGCACUCGCAUAUUCUGCGGGUGCCUUUUAGAAAUGAGAAAGGUAUUCUUCGUAAAUGGAUAUCAAGAUUUGAUGUGUGGCCAUUUCUGGAGACCUUCUCAGAGGAUGCUGCAAAUGAGAUUGCUGCUGAGUUACAAGGUGUUCCUGACCUGAUCAUUGGCAACUAUAGUGAUGGGAAUCUUGUUGCUACUUUAUUAUCGAAUAAGCUUGGCAUCACACAGUGCAACAUAGCUCAUGCUUUGGAGAAAACAAAAUAUCCAGAUUCCGAUUUGUAUUGGAGGAAAUAUGAGGACAAGUACCAUUUCUCAUGCCAAUUCACAGCUGAUCUAAUUGCAAUGAACGAUGCUGAUUUUAUAAUAACAAGUACAUACCAAGAGAUUGCAGGAAGUAAGACUCAUGUUGGACAGUAUGAGAGCCACACAGCUUUCACUCUUCCAGGGCUGUAUCGAGUUGUACAUGGCAUUGAUGUCUUUGACCCCAAGUUUAAUAUCGUCUCCCCGGGGGCAGAUAUGACCAUAUACUUUCCAUAUUCGGAAAAUCAAAAGAGGCUUACUGCACUACAUGGUUCAAUUGAAGAACUUCUAUAUGAUCCCGAGCAGAAUGAUGAACACAUUGGCUUCUUGAGCGAUCAAUCAAAGCCUAUUAUCUUUUCCAUGGCGAGACUUGACAAGGUGAAAAACAUAACAGGGCUGGUAGAGUGUUAUGGUAAGAGCACAAAGCUAAGGGAGCUGGUUAACCUUGUUGUUGUUGGCGGUUACAUUGACGUGAACAAAUCCAGGGAUAGAGAAGAGGUUGCAGAGAUUGAAAAAAUGCAUGGCCUCAUAAAACAAUACAACUUGCACGGUCAAUUUCGAUGGAUAACAGCUCAAAUGAACCGUGCUCGAAAUGGUGAGCUUUAUCGCUACAUUGCAGAUACAAGAGGUGCUUUUGUGCAGCCUGCUUUCUAUGAGGCGUUUGGUCUUACAGUUGUGGAGGCCAUGACUUGUGGGCUUCCUACAUUUGCUACUUGUCAUGGUGGCCCUGGAGAGAUAAUCGAGCAUGGUGUUUCAGGAUUUCAUAUCGACCCAUAUCACCCUGAUCAGGUUGCAGCUCUUAUGGUUGGUUUUUUUGAACAAUGCCAAGACAACGCAUCGCACUGGGACAAGAUCUCUGAUGCUGGGCUUAAACGUAUCUAUGAAAGGUACACAUGGAAGAUAUACUCUGAACGACUACUGACGUUGGCUGGGGUUUAUGGCUUCUGGAAGUAUGUGUCAAAGCUGGAGAGGCGUGAGACGAGGCGAUAUCUGGAAAUGUUCUACAUUCUCAAGUACCAGGAUUUAGUGAAAUCUGUUCCUGUGGCAGUGGAUGAGCAUUGAACUUUCUCAUCAAACUUUGUGUGACGGUGAUGUCUCAGUAUGCUUUUACUUUGCUAUUUUCCUUCUCGGAUUAUGUUGUAUUUGUUUGUGGAUGAACAAUUUUAGCACUUUCUCUUAAGCAUGUUUUUGGUGAAUAAAACCAACCACUGGCUGUUGAUCAA